AUGUACCAGAGAUCCCAGUUAAUAUACUAUAGAUCACAGACAGUAUACUAUACAUCCCAGUUCAUAUACUAUAGAUCACAGACAGUGUACUAUACAUCCCAGUUCAUAUACUAUAGAUCACAGACAGUGUACUAUACAUCCCAGUCAAUAUACUAUAGAUCACAGACAGUGUACUAUACAUCCCAGUCAAUAUACUAUAGAUCACAGACAGUGUGCUAUACAUAUCAGUUCAUAUACUAUAGAUCACAGACAGUGUACUAUACAUCCCAGUCAAUAUACUAUAGAUCACAGACAGUGUACUAUACAUCCCAGUUAAUAUACUAUAUAUCACAGACAGUGUACUAUACAUCUCAGUUCAUAUACUAUUGA